AAAAGCUUGUGUCUAUGAUGCUGCGUCUGGUCAGCAUGGGCCACAGCAUGCGUGGCCUAGGCGCAAGGCAACUGACGUCCCAUUGCGUUGUCAUUCAGAAUGAGUACUAUGAGUAGAAGUUGGCACAACAAAUCUGAUGAAACUGCACAGAUGCUCACAGGUAUUAACAUACAAUAUUAAAGUCAUAGCUUGUAUGACAUUCAUUUUGCCAGCAGACUCCUGACCCAGUACUACUGUAGGCUUCAACACUAUGUCCGCGCCGCUCCUACUAUCACACGCGCAUGAAGGACCUGAAGGAGUUCACCCGCGUCCACUGUCUGCCCCAGCAGCUCAAGCAGCGCAUGCUGGAGUACUACCAGACCACGUGGUCUGUGAACCACGGCAUCGACACCAACGAGCUCCUGCACGACUUUCCCGACGAGCUGCGGGCCGACAUCGCCAUGCACCUGCACAAGGACAUCCUCCAGCUGCCGGUGUUCACCGGGGCCAGCCGCGGCUGCCUGCGCUCGCUUUCCCUGAACAUCAAGACCUCCUUCUGCGUCCCGGGAGAGUACCUGAUCCGACAGGGGGACGCCCUGCAGUCCAACUACUAUGUGUGCUCUGGGUCUCUGGAGGUGCUCAAGGACAGCAUGGUGCUCGCCAUAUUAGGCAAAGGGGAUCUGAUCGGUUCUGACCUGCCGGGAACCGAGCAGGUGAUCAAGACCAACGCUGACGUCAAGGCCCUGACCUACUGCGACCUGCAGUACAUCAGCCUGCGUGGUCUGAGGGAGGUGCUGUACCUCUACCCCGAGUACGGGAGCGUGUACGCGGCUGACAUCAACAAGAACCUCACCUACAACCUGCGCGAGGGCAGCCAGAGCGAGGACGGCCCGGACGAGGUAGCGGGCGCUCCUAAUUGACACACGAACGAUGCGUCGCACGUCCAUCUGACAGAUAGGGUACAACACAGUGCAUUCGACACAUCCGCGCCCCGUGGGGGGCUCUUUUUUUUUUUUUUUUUUUUUUUUU